AUGCCGCUGUCAGCGCCGCUGCACAAACUGCUCUGCGUGUGCCACAUUGUCAGCUUCUUCGGUUACCAGAAGAAAGUGUGCCACUUGCUGUGCCUGCACAAUGUGCGAUACAAUGUGGACAGCCAGAAGUUCGGCUUUGGACAUCAGGUGCUCAUCUACUUUGUCUACUUCUGGAGUCUUUUGUGCCUGCUGUUUUACUUUCUCUUUCUCGAUGGCUUUGUCAUUGAUCGAGGCAGUCUCUAUAUCUACAUACUGCCCUGCCUUUACUAUAUACACCUAAAGAAAUCCCUGCUCCGGACUUUGAAUGAGAUGGCCAGGGUGCACAGGGAGUUGCAAUCCACCAUGGGAACUCUGUUUUGUGUCUCUGUAAAGCGGGCCUUUUGCUGUUCCUUGCUGAUUUGCAUAGAACUUUUACUCGUUAUCUACUGGCAAAUUGAGUCCCUGAAAAAUGAUAUCCAACGCUGGACUGUAUUCACCUGUCUGCUGGGUUGGCACCUGCAGCUUCUACUCCUUGUAAACAGCUACAUUUGGCUACACUCCAUAUACGUGGUUAUGAAUCAGGUAUUGACGGCGGAGCUCAGGAUCCAACAGCGCUGGAAAAUGCUGAGGAUUGUAUUGAAAGAACACAGUCGUUUGGCGAAAAUUCAGCGAGAUGUUUCGCACUUUUUUAGUGUCUAUAUAUCAUCUGUUGUCUUGCUCAUAUCAGUCAUAUUCUAUAGGUCAGUAAUCCUUGAAGCUGGCAUCGAGUGGGAACUAAGCCGAUUGGUAUUGCUGAGAUUGGAGACUUGGCAAAUCAGAUAUCUUGCUUAUAUAAUCCUUCUAAUUGGCACUUUCUUAAUGGUUGUUUGGGACUACAAAUCAAUAAGGGACACGUUUCUGAGAGGUCUUUGGAAGACCCAAGAAAUAUGUCUGAGGACAUGGGAUAGCAGAAACACCCAGCGCUGUAAGCAGACUCAAGACAUCGUGGAUAUGAUGAUCCUUACUGGCAAUGCACCUCGUGAUAUGGUCUGUACAAAACUGGUUCUUUGGGAGCUUAGGAUCAAAGAGGCCACCAUAUUCACCCUGGAGACCGCUUUCUUCAUGAACUACUUUUUACUGCUGAUGAUUACAGUGUGUCUGAUACCCAUAGUGGCUAUCUCGAAUGGUUUUGAAAUCGGCUUUGAGGAAAAGCUCCUAAACUACACAUAUUGCUCAAAAUAUUCAGAGGGUUCAGAGGCUAUGAACCUAACUAUCGAAAACUUGACGUUGGGUACCUACACUUUGAGUCAUGCACUGGGCUGA